AUGGACGACCUCUUCCUCGUCUUCAAGACCGACAAGACUCCAUUGGCUUGCCCCGUGUACGUCGGCUUAAGGCUAUCCGCACUCGCAGCGGCCAUGGCGGGUGGUGGUGGUGGCGGCGACCUCACCGCCGGGUUCGCCAAGGUGGAGCUCCCGGAGAGCGACUUGGCCGUGCAGAGCCCCUACGACGUGCCGGUGGAGCAGCGCUACCGCUACGACGCCUGCACCGGCGUGCGCACCUUCUGGGUGUACGCCGGCGACAAGCCCAUCAACAACAUCACCACCACCAACCCUCGGACCGAAGUCAGGCUCCGAGGCCACGACUACUCGUCGGGUGUGUGGCAGUUCGAGGGCUACGGGUACGUGCCGUCGGGGACCUCCGGCGUGUCGGUGAUGCAGAUCCACAACCAGAACGGGGCGGCGCACGCGACGGCGAUGAUGCUGCACGUCUACAACGGCACGCUGCGGCACUACAGCGGGGAGGCCGUGGAGGACGGCAUCUACGACCGGUGGUUCCGGCUCAACGUGGUGCACGACGUCGGCGCGUCCACGGUGGCCGUGUACGUCGACGGCGCGCCGAGGCUGGCCGUCGCCGUGGCGUCGAGCGCGUCGCACUACUUCAAGUUCGGGGUGUACGUGCAGCAUCACGACGUGUCCCCGUGCGUCGAGUCGCGCUGGAGGAACGUCACCGUCUACACCAGGCCCUACUAG